CCAGAUGUUCGUGCCAAAUUUUUGCGAUGACCCAGCACCACUCACCAAUCCACCACCUGCACCAAUCGCAACUUUCUUUACAAUUAAUUUUUCGAAGUUUGGCAUGCAACACUCGGACAAUUAUAAACGAAGAAAAUAUAAUAGACAAAACGACAUAAAGGUCAAAAAGGGGAGAUUCUUCUGAGUCACCUUGAAAUCUGGUCCAUGAUUGGAAACUACAAAUAAUCGGAAAUAAAGAGCUUUCGAAGAGGUCCUGCACCUUGUCUAUGAACAGAGCAGUAGACCGAUUUAUCAGAUAUGCAACUAGUAAGUAUGGUGUCAUAGCACUCACUCUAUCUUGGGUGCCGCACCCUUUGAGCGCUUAUUUAUGAAUCGAUGCACUACGAAAUUUUUGGGCAUAUCUUUUUCCCGAAAACACUUGAGCCGCUAGUAAGUUUUGAUGCUCGAAGUUUUGCUGUUUUGGUUUUGAAAUUUCGUUCGCUAAUUUUGCAAAAAUUAUAGUUUUGAAUUUAAAAGUUUACAAGAAAAAUAGGCACUUUGAACUUCGCACAGAUUUAUUUAUUUCCCCGCAUUGUAAACUCGACGCAGAGAACAAAUUCCAUUUCAGACAAGUGAGUAUAAAUUUAGACGUAUCGAUUUUCUUUCGAAGUCGUUAACUUGAUCCCCCGGCUACUUACAGCGUUUACUUUUACAAGAUUUAUCACAUAGGAGAGCCACAUACGACCCUCAGCAACUUGCUGUAGGCUAUUCUCGUGCGAGAAAAUUAAACUUUCCCUUUUUACGCAAAGCAGCUAAUUUCCCAACCCUAGAAACCUAAUUUCAGCAGUAGAUUGUAACAUAGUCCACUUUCGACCAUCAAGACGCAAGACGCAACCACCGAAGCACAACUGCGUCACACGCAACGAGAGCAUUUCGAAAACCUUACAGCCCUACUCGUCGAAACGAGAAGCGCGCGACAAAAACGCGAGAAGAGUUUUUGGAGCGUUUCCGGCUUUCUCUGGUUGUAAAAAAAGAAUCGAUCGAGAAACUAACGAUACAUCGAAUUUCACUGCCCGACUUUUUCCUUGUAACCAAAAUUACGGAACAUCUUCAACUCGCCCCCCUCUGUAACGAAAGGUCAAGCGGAAGCUUUUUUUUCGGAACAUAUCGCGAGGGUGGCACAGACUUUGGAUGUACUGACAUCGUUGCGCCAUCUACCGACGGUGAGACAGCAGCACCAUUUUGAUUUUGAAGAACUGGAACAGAGCCCACGCCGAUCGGGAGCACCAGUGGAAAAUCUUUGCGAGUAGCAGCCUUGUAUCGCCAAGAAAACUUUCUUCAUCCAUCGCCGGAAUCUUCUUCGAACACGAAUAAUACGAAAAAUUCCCCCUUGUGCUCCCCUGGUGAAGUAGAAUAGCGCGAAAAGCAACGCCGAUCCGAGAAAUCACAUCACAAUUGAUACAGAGUAAGGCAAGUCCAAGAGCUGAUCACGCAGAGGAUUCGCGCCGAAAAGACAACCACCUCUUCGACGAAGCUGAAGCAAUAUGGAAAUAAAGGGACUCACAUCAGGAAGCAGAACGCGACCACCAGUGUUUUUCUACACGCGUUUUUAGCAAGGAGAGAGCAAGACUCACAGCACCGCCGUUGCAUCACUUGGAGUCCGCGGUAAUUGGUCAAGCUGUAGUCGGCACAAAGAAAAUGUCAUCGCCCAGCACGAGAAGACAGUGCGACUUUUAUCCUGUGUAAAAACGAUGUCCCCGCCCCACAGUCAAGAUGGCAGCUGUUGCGACACAAGCUGAGAACUUUUGGCUGUUUAGCAUGACAAAACUGGGUGUCUAGUGUUGUAUUGGGUAGCUGGUCGUGCAGUCGCGUCAGUAAUCGUGGUCUGUACCCGGAGUCGAGCCUGAAAAACAAGCGGCUAGCAUUAGAGAAUGCCUGUCACGGUGGAGAUGCACAUGAGAUACUUGCGUACAAUUUGGGCAUGUAGAAUUGCGUGACAUCGAAUUUGAGACGGGACGUUUUUGCACAGCAUAUUUUCCACCGGCUCAUCAUGGCUGGGUACGAAGUUGAACUGAAUGACGGGAACACCCAAGACUUCCACGUGGUCUUUCACGGACCGAAAGACACAAUUUACGAGGGUAUAUCUUUCUAUACAUAGAAAAGAAAAAUUCUGCUUGAUCAUCCCUUUGUGUAUGACUAUGAUCUUGAUGUCUAAUUGCAGCCCGUUGAGGACGGACAAGAACGGAGAAGUUGUCGAGAGAGAUUUUUGUCCGUCCGAAAGUCAUACGAAGUAUCUCCACUUUGAAAAUUGUCUAUGCAGCGCCUCGCCACGAGCACGACACGCCGGGGCUUUUGAACUUCCUGACUGAAAUACUAUGCAUACGAUGUAGCUAACCAUGAACCAUGAACUCUCAGGGGCCAUAUAUCGAGCGCACGUGGAGCUACCUGAGCAGUAUCCCUUCGCAAGUCCCGGCAUAGGGUUUGAGCCAAACACCAUGUUUCAUCCAAAUGUGGACGAGAAGAGCGGCAGCGUGUGUUUGGAUGUACUUGCUAAUUUGUUCUUGCAUCUAGGGUCACUCAACAUCUGACUGUAUCGCCAGCAGCUUCAUCAUACAUUGUUGUCUCCGGUUCAAUCAGGUUAGUAUUGACGUUGACCACGAACAUACAAAUAUGUUGGUACUCAAACUGCUGGCACGACUGAAAAAAUUUACUGUCCUCACAACCAAUCGCUAUCCGCAGGUAAUAAACCAGACGUGGACGCCGCUGUACAGCUUGGUGAACGUUUUUGAGGUGUUUCUGCCGCAGCUUCUUACCUACCCAAAUCCGCAGGACCCGUUGAAUUCCGACGCCGCAGCCCUGUACUUGAAGGACACGAAAGCCUACGAAGCCAAGGUAAAGCGAGAGUGUUUUUUCGCAUGACGUUUCUUUCGUUGGGUACUGGCAUCGGGUAUGGCAUCACGUUUUUAGUCAUGGACGACAGAAAUAUGUAUAUAAUCGAUGCCAAGUCUGAGGCUUUUGCGCUUUACGUAACCAAAACUGCCACAGGUGCGGUCAUAUGUGGAGAAGUCCAGGCAGAAAUACGAAGCGCGCAAGAGACAAAAGCUGGAGGACAUGACAGCGUGCUCGAUGGGGAGUACCGACGAGCCACCAUCCAGCAUCAUGGAAGAGAAUUACAACCCUAUCGAGAUGACCGUCAGUGAAGCAGGAGGGCAUGACGAUCUUGAUUGCGAGUUCGAUUGA